CAACAGCAACAAACACAACUUCGAGAAAAACAGAAAAUCCACGUAGUGGUGGUCACGAAAAAGUGGUCACGCAACGCAACUUCAAUAAAUUAAAGGCCUUUGUGUGAUUAUGGCUAAGGCAAUGAAAAGAACAGUAAUCUAUUUCCUUAGAAAUGAUCUCAGGACGCAUGACAAUGAAUGCCUACAUUGGGCAAACAGAAAUGCAGACCACAUCAUACCACUCUAUUGCUUUGAUCCUAAUCACUUCAAAGGUACAUACAAAUUUGGUUUUCCUAAAACUGGAAAAUACAGGUCAAAGUUUCUUAUUGAAUGUGUGAAGGACUUGAAAGCAACUUUUCAAAAGCUAGGCAGUAAUCUAAUAAUUCGUCAAGAAGACCCAGUAUCUGCCAUAAAGGAGCUUGUAGACCUUUGUAGCAAAGAAGCACCAGUCACUUCAGUAGUGUACCAGAAAGAAGUAACUAGAGAGGAAAUUGAUGUUGAAUCUCAAUUAGGAACUAUGUGCAAGAAAAUGGGUAUUGAGGUAAAACCAUUUUGGGGCUCAACCCUCUUCCAUAUUGAGGAUAUUCCUUUUUCUUGCCAUGAAAUUCCAGACACUUAUACUACAUUUCGCAAAAAAGUGGAGAAUGUAACCACAGUCAGACAUAUCAUUCCUGUCCCAGAUGGACUAAAGCCCCUCCCACCUGUAAAAGGUAAUUUGGGAGAAAUACCACAUUUGUCAGAUCUUGGAGUGAAAGAUGAAAAUGUUGAGAUAGAUAGCAGGUCUGCUUUUCCGUAUUCUGGUGGAGAGACUACUGCUCUUGAAAGACUUAAUAACUACUUAUGGGAGACAGAUGCUGUUGCUACUUAUAAGAAGACCAGAAAUGGACUCAUAGGUCAGGCCUAUUCAACAAAGUUCAGUCCUUGGCUUUCUUCUGGAAGUCUUUCACCUAGAAAAAUCUACAAUGAUAUCAAACUGUAUGAGUCUACUAAAACUGCAAAUGACUCAACCUACUGGGUUAUUUUUGAACUUAUUUGGAGAGAUUACUUCAAGUUUGUCUGUUGGAAGUAUGGUGACAGAGUCUUCUACCCAUCUGGAAUUAUGGGUAGACAGGUACAGUGGAAGAAAGACAUGGACCUGUUUAACAAAUGGAGCCAAGGUUCAACUGGGGUGCCAUUUGUUGAUGCAAACAUGAGAGAAUUGCUAGAAACAGGGUGGAUGUCUAACCGCGGAAGACAAAAUGUAGCAAGUUUUCUUGUAAAGGAUCUUGGAUUAGAUUGGAGGCUUGGUGCAGAGUGGUUCGAGUCUAUGCUUCUUGACCACGAUGUUUGUAGUAACUAUGGCAACUGGAAUUAUGCUGCUGGUAUUGGAAAUGACCCAAGGGAAAACCGAAAAUUUAACAUGAUAAAGCAAGGUAUGGACUAUGAUGGCAAUGGUGAUUUUGUACGCCUCUGGGUGCCUGAACUUUCAAAUAUUAAUGAUAGUAGUAUUCAUAUGCCCUGGACUGUACCUAUUACAGAUUUAAAACAAGCAAAUUUUGAGUUAGGAAAGACUUACCCUAGGCCAGUUGUGGUAGCCCCUGAAUGGGGAAAGCACAAACACAAAGCAGGACAAAAACAAAGUCAAGGUGGAGAUCCCAAAACACAAAGGAAUCAGAGAGGCAUUGACUUUUACUUCAAGUCAGGAUCAAAUCGUAAAUGACUUUGCAAUAACUGAAAGUUUGAAGAUGUAAAAACAGUUUGUUUAUUUUCCAGUUCUAUGCCCAUUUAAUGGUUAUAUUCAAUUCUCUUUGCAUAGUUGGUUUGGUAAUUUUUCUGUUCUUGCUAUGAUAGCAGCUCUGUAAAUAGAAUUCAACUAUAAGCUAGUUUUGAUGAAGCUUUGCAACUUUUUAAAUCCAAAAAAGUUUAAGAAUAAUUAAUUCUUGGUUGUACCUCUUGAAAAUUUUUGUUUUUAUGGUAGAGGUAAUUUGUAAUAAAAGUUGUUUUAACUUUUAUGGUAGCAGUAAUUUGCAAAACAUCAUUAAUGAUCAGAAAGAAGUAAAAGACCUAUUAAGUAUCUUUGAAUCAUUUAGAUUUUUGUUCUUAUAAUUUUUGAUAUAUUAAAGCAUUUAGAAUUUUGUGUGGAAAAAGUGAGUGUACUGCUAAAACCACAAAUUUGUUUCAGUGAAGUAUGUUGGUAAUAUGUUACUUCUUUCUUUAAACUUUUUAAGUAAAAAUGCCAAAAUGUUAAUCUAAUACAAUAUAACAUAAAAUCAAAUCUUCAUAAAAUCUAUAUAUGUUGUUAUUAACUCAAUAGAAAGGAAAAAUUU